AUGCAGUUCAACAUCAACACCGUGACCCUCCUCGCCGCCCUCCUCCCCCUGGCCUCCGCCGUCCCCUCGGAAGUAACCGACAACAGCCUCGCAAAGAGACAGAGACAGUACCAGUGCGAGACCUCAAACAAACUCGGCGCCUGCAACAACGCUGUUGGAUCUCUGAGCAGUCGGCAGAAAAGGUGGAUCUGGAAGGCGGUAUGGGCACUUACAAACGACCCCUUACAUACCAUUUCUGAGAGGCCGUGGGCUCUGCCCACAACCUCCUCCUUCCACCUCAGGACGCAGCAAUAA